AUGCCUGGAGGUGUUAACUGUCGUCGCGACAUCACGCUACUGGCCUCCAAAGGCUGCUAUGGGCUUGCACGGGAGGCUGAGGAGGCGAGGCAACGCCACAUCGCAGAAAGCAAGAUAGCAAGGCGGCAGGAGCUUCUGAAGCAACAUGAAAUUCAGUGGAAGGCGUUUCAGGAGGCGAAGAACUGCCGCCUGGAAGAUGCACGUGUGGCGAUAACGUUGGGGGAGCUACAAGCUAAGGAGGCUCUUCACCGCAAGUACAGCGCUGCAUGCGAAGCGCAUGACGAGGAGAUGGAAGCAUACUUACUACAGGUCACGUGCGAUGAAGCGAGGCGGCCGGUGACGUUGUCGCCCCUCGUCCCGAUGUUGCGUACGACAGAGAAGCGGCUGGCGAGUGUGGGCCGCUACGCUGAGGCGGCUCACGCCCAGGCAGUAGGCGACGACGUGGAGAAAUACGAGCGGGAAGCCGCACAGGAGCGUCAGAUACAGGUGAUGGAGCGAAAGCUGCGGGAGAAACAAAAAGAGCUUGGAAGGCGAAGUGCCUCGUCGUACCGGAAGGUGCUUGUCGCGCAGCAAUUAAAUAGCCAGCGCGCAGUCGUGGAGAUGCAGGCAGUCGAAGCCAAUCUACAACACAAGGCGAUGGGGAUGGCGGUGACGCACAAACACCAACGGCGUGCUUUGGAGCUGCCGCUCCUGGAGUCGCGCGCGUUUACAAAAGCAGAGGCGCUUAGGGCAGCACGCGGAACCCAACUCAAGAGGGCGGUGCAUGGAGAUCACUACCACGUCCCCUCACUUUGCACCAUGUACGGUGGUCUUCUAGAUCAUGACUGA